AUGCGGGGCCUGACGCGGGCCGGAAAGCGCGCCAGUGAGAUGGCCUUCAACGCCGGCGGCGGAGCCAUCAACUGGUUCCCCGGCCACAUGGCUGCCGCCUCACGCGCCAUCCGCGACCGCCUCAAGCUCGCCGACCUCGUCAUCGAGGUCCGCGACGCCCGCGUAAGCCCCCACCCCCAAAUUCCGUUAUCCUCAGCGAACGAAGACCUUCAGCCGGUGCUUGCAGCUAAGAGGCGUAUCCUUGCUCUAAACAAGAAAGAUCUAGCGAAUCCCAAUAUAAUGAAUAUGUGGCUUGACCAUUUUCAGUCAUGUAAGCAAGAUUGCAUCUCAUUAAAUGCACAUAGCAGCAACUCUAUUAAUCAGCUGCUUGGGCUUGUGGAGUUGAAACUAAGGGAAGCAAUCUUGAAAGAGCCCACACUUCUUGUUAUGGUAGUUGGUGUCCCCAAUGUUGGAAAGUCUGCACUCAUUAAUUCCAUUCAUAGAAUUGCCAAUUCUAGAUUUCCAGUGAACGAUAAGAUGAAGCGGGCUAGAGUUGGACCUCUCCCUGGAGUUACACAAGACAUUGCAGGAUAUAAGAUUGCAAGCCAGCCGAGCAUCUACGUGCUUGAUACACCAGGUGUUCUAGUGCCAAGCAUUCCAGACAUGGAAACAGGUCUAAAGCUUGCUCUGACAGGAGCUGUUAAAGAUUCGGUGGUUGGAGAGGAGCGUAUAGCCAAAUAUUUAUUAUCUCUUCUUAAUAUUAGAAAAACCCCUCUACAUUGGGAGCGAUUGCUACACAGAAGAGAAGAAUUCGAUGAAGAUCCAGAUGACAGUUGUGAAAAAGGGUCUAGAGGUUCACUGCAGAGGAGGCAGCGUUUUAACAAUUCCGAUGCCUUGUAUGUUCAGGACUUGGUGAUAGAGGUCCAGAGAACGCUGUGCAGUACAGCCAUGGAAUUCACAGGCAACCUCGAUGAAGAUAACGAGCUGGAAAGUCUAAUUGACUCACAGCUUGUUGCCCUUCGAAAGGUGUUCAGAAUACCCCACAAACCGUUUGAUGAAUCACAUGGCCCGGCCUCCAAGAAGUUAUUGACUCUUUUCCGAUCGGGGAAGCUCGGCCCGUUCAUCCUCGACGACCUUCCUGGCCAGCAGUGA